UUCCCGGCUGUUCCUGACUACAGCUCCUCCACAUACCUCUUUCGCCUGAUGGCAGUUGUUGUCCACCACGGAGACAUGCACUCUGGACACUUCGUUACUUACCAAAGGUCCCCACCUUCAGCCAAGAGCCCUCUCUCAACCAGCAACCAGUGGCUGUGGGUUUCUGACGACACCGUCCGCAAGGCCAGCCUGCAGGAGGUCCUGUCCUCCAGUGCCUACCUGCUGUUCUACAAGCGCGUUCUGUCCCGGAUGCAGCAGCAGGGUCAGGAGUACAGGUCUGAGGAGUGAUGACCUUCUCCGUAGCUAGGGCCAUGGCACGGUCCACACUCCUGCCUCGGGUAUGCGCGCAAGGCAGCCCCUCGAGAGUCCCUCAGCCUCCAUGUGGUCAAAGAACAGGUGCCUCAUGGGAGCCAGGCCCAUGGGACUGCCAGGGUGCACCUGGAAGGGGUCCUCGUGUUAGGAUGGCAUUCAUUGUGUC